UUGUCAGUGUCCAGUUGUUAGAAAAAUCGAAUGAUCUAGCUCUGUUUUUCUUCAGAAUGAAUGAUUAUAGAUUAGAAUGGAUGAAAGAUAUUGUUUAUAGGUUUCUUUCGAUUGAUCAGAAUGAUAGGGCAUUUGAAGAACUAUUAGAAAGAGAUGAUGUCAGUUUAAAAACUUUAGACACAUUAUUUUCUAAUUCUAAAGAAACUCAACGUUGUAUUUUCUUUUACUUUAUUAUAGUGGAGAAGGAGAUCGAGAAACAAGAUAUUUUGGAAGAAUUAUUAGAAAGUCAUGAACCAUCAAAAGCUGAAUCAUCUGAAUCUAGUAAAAUAGAAUCUGAUGAGAUAUUAGAUUCAGAUAUUGCUGAUGAAAAAAUUCAUUUUGUCUUUGUUCCUCCCACUGAUUUUGCUAUAAAUUUGGCUGCUUCUUCUAGUUUUGUGAAAAGUUUUAAAGUAGUUUGCUUCUAA